AUCAUUGAUGGUCGAUACCACCCCGAAUGUAGUCACUUCAUUGCCAUGUCGACAAAGUUCCAGGACUGCCUGCGACCAAAUUGUCUCUUCAGUACAAGACAUGCUCAUCCCAUAGCAUGCAAGUCGCAAGCCUGCAUACGGCUGAUGGCCCUGCCUAUGAAGAACCCUAUUCGCAUAAGUCCUUCAAAAUGUGGUGACUGUCUCUUAAAGACAAGAGAUGAAGUGACGCCAAUGGUCCGAGUAGCUGGGAUGCGAUAG